AUGGCCAGCACAGCCCAUUGGCUGCUAGACCAGUACUUGAAAGAACUCAGUGAGGAAGAACUGAAGGAGUUCCAGUUGCUGCUCCGCCAAGAGGCACUUGGGGGAGGCUCUCCAGGUGCGUCCCCUGCUUGGCCAAAGAAGAUGAGGAGCACAGAGGUGGUGGCCUUGCAGCUGGUGGCUCAGUAUGGGAAGCAGCAGGCCUGGGACCUGGCACUCCACACCUGGGAGAAGAUGGGUUUGAGCAGAUUGUGCUCCCGGGCCCAAGCAGAGAUAGCCUUGACAUCAGAUUUAUCUGCGUUUCUUGACUUCCCAAGUGCCCCCAGUCUGGAGUCCCCCAGCAAGCCCACCCCCACCAAGGUGCUGAGUACUGUGGACUGUGAUCCCUUGGUGCCCCUUGAGGAAGAGAGGGGAGAGAUUUCGAAGCCCCUGACUGACACAUGUGAACACAGUUGGAGAGAUGGGGCUGUGAGUCAGCAGGUGGGUCCCCACCAAGGAAAUGCUCCCUCAACUGCCUUCACAUGCUCCCCAGACCACAACUCUCCACACUGUAAGUCACCUAAUGCCCCCACAUCCACAGUGCUGGGGACCAGGGUGCUCUUACCUCAGCCCAGCACACAGCCAGGAGAACAGGAGGCUGCUGGGACUGGGCAGCCUCUGAAUGACACAUCUGGAAACUGUUGCCCAGAAAACAGAGAAAGCUACCAGAAGCAGAGGGAAGAGAGGACCUAUCCUACCCAAGGCCAGAAAUUUCAGUCCUGGAAAAAUGAGGAUUUGCACCCAAAUUUCACACAGCUGCUGCUUCUACACAAACCUCACCCCAAAGACCAUGAGCCCCCAGUGAGGGAAAACUGGCAUCAUGGGUUGGUGGAGGAACAAGGACAUUUGAUUGAAAUCCAAGACUUAUUUGGCCCUGGCCUGGGCACCUGGGAAGAGCCUCACAUGGUCAUACUACAGGGGGCUGCUGGGAUUGGAAAGUCAACCUUAGCCAGGCACGUGAAGAGAACCUGGGAGCAAGGCCAGCUGUACAAGGAUCGCUUCCAGCAUGUCUUUUACCUCAACUGCAGAGAGCUGGCCGAGUCUAAGGUUAUGAGUCUAGCUGAGCUCAUCACCAAAAACAGUGCUGCCCCUCUGGCUCCCAUGGGACAGAUCCUUUCUCAGUCAGAGCAGAUGCUCUUCAUCCUGGAUGGUUUGGAUGAGCCAAAAUGGGUCUUUGAGGAGCAGACACCUAAGCUGUGUCUGCACUGGAACCAGCAGCAGCCUGUGCAAGCCCUACUAGGCAGUUUGCUGGGGAAAACCAUACUACCCAAGGUGUCCUUGCUGAUCACAGCUCGGACCACAGCUCUAGGGAAAUUCAUUCCUUCUUUGGAGCAGCCACGUUGGGUGAAGGUGCUGGGGUUCUCUGAGGCUGGCAGGAAGGACUAUUUCUAUAAAUAUUUCCCAGAUAAAAGCCAAGCAUCCAGAGCCUUCAACUUGGCUGAAUCAAACCACACUCUGUUCACCAUGUGUCUCAUGCCUUGGGUGUCCUGGCUUGUGUGUACCUGCCUGAAGCUGCAGAUAGAGCAGGGGGAAGAACUCACUCUGACUGCCCAAACCACUACAGCCCUCUGUCUGCACUACCUGUCCCUGGUUCUCCCAGCUCAGCCCCUGGAAACCCAGCUGAGAGACUUGUGCUCGCUGGCUGCUGAGGGAACCUGGCAAGGAAAGACCUUGUUUAGUUUGAGAGACCUCAGGAAACAUGGGCUCGAUGAGACUGCCAUCUCCAUUUUCUUAAACACAGGUAUUCUUCAAAGACACCCCACCUUUCCAAGCUACAGCUUCAGUCACCUGGGUUUUCAGGAGUUCUUGGCAGCAAUUCUAUGUGCGCUGGGGAAGAGGGAGGAGGGAAGUGAUCAUCCUGAUAGCAUCCGAGGUGUGAAAAUGUUACUAGAAGUGUUUGAAAGGCAUGACCUGUUUGGGGCACCCACCACACGUUUCCUCUUUGGCCUUUUAAGUGAGCGUCAGGCCAGAGAGAUAGAGAACAUCUUCAACUGUCAACUGUCUCCGGAGGCCAAGUGGGAAGUACUGCAGUGGGUGGAAGCAGACGUCCAGAGCACAGAGUCCUCCCCUCCACCGUACUCUCUGGAGUUGCUCCACUGUUUGUACGAGAUUCAAGAUGAGGCAUUUUUGACACGAGCCAUGGCCCAUUUCCAAGGUGUGAGGAUGUGUGUUCACACAGACACGGAGCUCCUGGUGGUCACUUUCUGCCUUCAAUUCUGCUGCAAUGUGAAGAGCCUUCAAGUGCAUAAGAGCCGUCAGCAUGAACAGGCCUUGAGGCCCCCCAGUGUGGUUCUCUUCAGGUGGGUCCCAGUCACAGGUGUCUGCUGGCAGGAUCUCUGCUGCAUUCUUGAGGUCACCAGGAGUCUGCGGCAGCUGGACCUCAGCGGAAACUUCCUGAGCAGCUCAGUAAUGCAGAGCCUCUGUAAGACCCUAAGACACCCUCGCUGCCGUCUGGAGACCCUCUGGCUGGUCAACUGUGGUCUCACACCCAGCUGCUGCCAAGACCUGGUCUCUGUGCUUAGUACCACCCCCAGCCUGACAGAGCUCGACCUGCGGCAGAACAACCUGGGCAGCCUGGGUAUGAGGCUGCUUUGUGAUGGGCUACGGCAUCCCAGCUGCCAACUCAAGCUUCUGUGGAUGGACCAGACCCAUCUGAGUGAUGAGGUGAAUGAGGAGCUGAGAGCCCUGGAGGAGGAGAAACCUCAGCUGCUUGUCUCCAUCAGAUGCUUUGGGGCUGGAGCCGCUCCUCUCCAGGAUGUCUAUGGCAUGUGUCAGACUCUGAACCAGGAACAAAGCUCCCCACAAGUCGCUCAAGUGAGCCCCUUCUGCCUAUCUUCUCCUGCCCCUCUGGGGAAUCUAUGCAUGGAGCCUCUGGAGAUGGAUGAUGACUUCUGGGGACCCACAGGACCAGUGGCCACCAAGAUGGUCAACAAAGAGAAGAGCCUGUACCGAGUUCAUUUCCCUAUGGCCGGCUCCUACCACUGGCCCAACACAGGUCUCCGCUUUGUAGUGAGAGGGGCAGUGACCAUUGAGAUUGAGUUCUGUACCUGGAACCAAUUUCUGGAUGGGACUGUCCCAGAACACAGUUGGAUGGUUGCCGGACCUCUGUUUGACAUUAAGGCGGAGCCGGGAGCUGUGGCAGCUGUGUACCUUCCUCAUUUUGUAGCCCUCCAAGGGGACAAUGUUGAUAUCUCCAUGUUCAAAGUGGCCCACUUUAAAAAGGAGGGGAUGCUCCUGGAGAAGCCAGCCAGAGUGGAACCCUCAUCUACGGUCUUGGAAAACCCCAGCUUCUCCCCCAUGGGAGUUCUAUUCCGAAUGAUCCAUACUGCACUGCGCUUCAUCCCCAUCACCUCUACUGUUUUGCUCUACCAUCACCGCCACCCUGAAGAAGUCACCUUCCACCUUUACCUGAUUCCCAGUGACUGUUCUAUUCGGAAGGCCAUUGAUGAUGAAGAAAAGAAGUUCCAGUUUGUGCGAUUACACAAGCCACCUCCACUGACCCCACUCUACAUGGGCUCCCGCUACAUGGUGUCCAGCUCCAAGGACCUGGAAAUGAUUCCUGAGGAACUGGAGCUCUGCUAUCGGACACCUGGAGAAUCCCAGCUCUUCUCUGAGUUCUAUGUUGGCCACCUGGGCUCAGGAAUCAGGCUGGAAAUGAGAGACAAGAAAGCUGGGUUUGUGGUCUGGAAGACCUUGGUGAAACCAGGAGAUCUCAGACCGGCAGCUACCCUGGCCCCUUCCAACCUAGCAGAACCCCCUUUUUGUUUGUUGCCAGCCUCACCUUCACUUCCAGACCACCUGCAUUUUGUGGACCGGUAUCGGGAGCAGCUGAUUGCCCGGGUGACAAUGGUGGACCCGGUCCUGGACAAGUUGCAUGGGCACAUGCUGAACGAGGAGCAGUAUGAGAGUGUGCGCGCUGAGACCACCAAGCCUGACCAGAUGCGGAAGCUGUUCAGCUUCAGCCGGUCCUGGGACUGGGCCUGCAAAGAUCGACUCUACAAAGCCCUGAAGGAGACCCAUCCUUACCUAAUCGGGGAAGUGAGGCAGCAGAAGGGAUCAAGGAAUCUCCUGACAACCUUGGCUUCUGAAGUCUGA